AUGCGUAUAGCUGUAAUCUGUGCUCUUGCAGCUCUCGCAACUGUUUCCGCUCGGUCAGUGAGUACAACUGCAAGAUGCGGUCCAAAUCAUCGUGGCCUGACCUGUGCCGGGUCCAUCUUUGGGAAUUGUUGUUCAAAGUACGGCUACUGUGGAAAUGAUUCGAACUACUGCUCUCUAAAGAACGGCUGCCAGACAGGUUAUGGCCAGUGCAACCAGAACCCACCUAAGACCGGUGUCAUUUCUCGAGACGGCUCAUGCGGUGGUCACAAAGGAUAUACUUGCAAGGGCAGCAAACACGGCGACUGCUGUAGUCAAUACGGUUACUGUGGUUCGAAGACAGCCUAUUGUGGCGCUGGCUGCAAUGCGAAGUUUGGUUUUUGCUCCAGUGUACAAUCAUCUUCUCGAGCCAUGUCGCCAUCUAGGACCUCUACUCGCUCCAAUCCUACUGCCAGCACGAGCUCGCGCUGUUCAUCUGCCACGGCUGCUUCUUCGACGCCAAAGAUAUCCACUAACAAUCGCUGUGGGUAUGGAAACGGCAUCGCUCCGAAAUACUGGGGACAGACCUGCCCGUCGAGCAAAUGCUGCUCUCAGUAUGGAUGGUGUGGGAGGGCGGACAGUUACUGCGAAGUAAAGUGUCAGUCUGCAUUCGGGAAGUGUGACAGCAAGCCUUAUUCCAUCCGUUCUUCGUACGUUGUUUCUAUGACAAAAUUUCCUUCGUCAGGAUUAGUCUCGUCCAGCACGAGUCGCACUUCAUCGACAAGCUCCUCACGAAUGUCAUCAUCCACGUCCACCCCAUCAUCUAUCGCCCUGACUACCUCAGCCAGCACAUGGAGUCAGUCGUCUUUCACGGGCAUAUCCGGCCCCUCCACUUCAAGCGGUGCUAGCAAUUCCGUAACAUCGUCCUCGAGCUCAGUGAGCUCGUCUGAUCUCCCUUCUAUGGCUUCCUCAAGCAGCAUUCUCAGCAGUGCAUCGAGCCCUAUGGCUGCCACUAGCUCUUCAUCAUCCAUGGCCAGCGCUUCAUCCAGUAGCUCUGAUAUGACCAUCAGCCCAUCCACAGCAACCACAAGUAUCGCCUCUAGCUCAUCGAACGAAGCCAGCAGUCUUUCAUCAGCAACACCCAGCUCAUCCGACCUGGCCUCCAUCUCCUCCUCAGCCGCAUCCACGACUCCCCCAACCACCACAACCUCUUCCCUAGCCUCCACCUCCAGCACACCCUCGACACCCUCAACUCAGCCCUGCUUCGCCGCACCAACAGAAUACCUCACCAACCCCGGCUUCGAAAUCACCACCCGCGGCUCCUACCGCAACCCCUGGACAGACUCCCAAACCGGCACCGCAUACACCUUCGACCGCGCCGAAGGCUCAGACGUCUACUACUCAAUCUACACCCGCAACGACAACAACUUCCGCACCUACUUCGGCACCACCAUGGCCGGCAACACCGGCGCUCAAAGCAGCACCCUCGUUCUCACACAGACACUCGCCGUCCCACCGGGCACUCGCGUCAGCGUUACAGCAUGGGUCAAGUCGCUGCGCGACGCGUCCACGGACCCGUUCAGCAUGGCCCUGUAUUUCGACGACGAGGUGGUGGACACGUACAGUCCGACGCAGGAGCAGCGUGGGGUGUGGGUGCAGAUUGGGACGACGGAUUUGGCGCAGGCGGUGGUUGUGGGGACGGGGAGGACUCAUCGGGUUGCGCUUGGGGUUACGACGGAGGGUUACGCAGACAAGGACAUUUUUGCUGCCGAUGACUUUUCGGUUACGGCUGUGGCUGGGGCUGGGGAUGUGUCUGUUUGUGCGGUUGGGGGGUAG